AUGCGCAGGCAAGGAAAGACGAGAUCGAAGACUGGUUGCCGAACAUGUCGCAUCCGCAAAGUCAAAUGUGAUGAAGAGAAACAUGUUGCGGAUGGCAAAGAGCCCCAAUGUCGUCGGUGUUCGAGCGCGGGACUCCAGUGCGAAUGGAAAGGAGGUCCAAUCCCCCGCAAGACAUCCUCUACUACCGGGAGCACUGUUGCCGAGUCCAGAUCCAGUGCUGAAAAGCCAAGCGGUCCUCGCGAGCGUCAAGUGCAGAAAGUGUGCCUGAAACCUGCUUUGAGGCAACAGGUCGUCCCAGAUGCUCGUCAGAGUCCGCCGGCGUUGCAUCUAUCCCCGAAUCCUGGCUUGGGAGACCAGUCUCGGAUCGUCCAAGCAGCUAAUACGCUUAUAUUGUCGGCGUUCGAUCGGGAAUGCCUAAAUUAUCUCCAAAACUCAACCCUCGUGAUCCUGCUCGGCAAGCACUGGCCAUGGUCCACUAUUGCAUACGCAUACACCAGAAUCGCCGUGACGGAGCCCAUGGUUAUGAGCAUGAUGUUAGCGAGUACGGCAAGGGAAAUUCAUCGAAUGCGACGCUACGAUCAGGGAGAACAUUUCGUCUCCUCCACCAUAACGGAUCAAACAACGGACCUUGACGGACGAAUGCAUUAUGGUCGGGCAUUAUCGAGCCUUCGGGUUGCCCUGCGAUCCGAGGUCAAAUCCCCCCAGAAAAUUGAAGCCAUAUUCAUCACUUUGUGGCUGAUGAUCGACUACGAGAAUCGCUUCGGAGGUGGAGCGUCGGCAAUCGACAUCCAUACACGGGGGAUCGAAAGCCUUCUCCUCAAUCAUGUCAUUCCUUGUUUGCAAACGGAGAUUUAUCGACCGUUCAAAUAUCUUUCAAAUACAUCCUCUGUUGAGUUCGAGGACACGCGUGUGUCUCGACAUCCACAACCUGAUGGUUCAGCGUUGAAGAGCUACAACGUCGAGGAAGUUACUGGAAAACCCAAAGAACUUCCAACAACAUCCGUUUCACCAUCUGCUGGACUCGGUAAAACUUCAGUCCCUCUUUUUCUACUCUGGACACUAUACUUUUUCACACCAACAUCCUGGUCCUUUAGCUCUGCCACCGGGGAACUUGACUUGAUGACUUUUGAAUUUUUCCUCGACACCAAUGGCAGCCACCACAAGGCACCAUUUCCACUUGCGGAGCUCUACCGCAUCAGUCGACAAUCGCCGGCUCGUUUCUGGGGCGAUUCCUACACGAUGACCGCCCGCAUGGACGAUCUCGAAAAUGUAGCGCCAUUGACUCUUUACCACCAAAGUCACAUCCUACAAUUUAAAAUCACUGAGCAGCACAAGCGAGGUGUACCAACAGAGCCAUUGGAGAGUGGAUUAUCCGCGUAUCAAAAACUAGUUGACGAGAUCAACUCUAUCGCAACGGAACACGACACCGUCCUCGCAUCAGUAACAACGUCCGAGUCGAGCGUCUUUCUCACAUCCCGCCGAAUAAUAGAAACAAGCUACUGGGCCACCAUCACUUUCUACAGCACCAUCGUAUUCUACCACUUGUGUUUCCGAGAUAUCACGACCCAGCACGCACAGGCCCAAGCACCUCCAUACCCACCUUUCAUGUCUCUCACAACGGCAGUAUCUCUCAUUCUGGACCUGAGUCUCAAACUUUACCGGUCAAAACCGCAUCUGAUUGUUCGAAUUACGUGGCCCUUGUUUCUGGCCGGAGUGGCUACCUCGGAUCAAAUUUAUCAGGACUGGGUGUCGAUUCGGUUGCAGGAAUUAGGUCGCUUUGGACAGAAUUUUGCGCGAAUCAGUCAGCGGUUUGAUGAGAUUAUCAAGGGUGGGAAGGCGGGGGUUUCAGGGGGUGAAAUUGUAUUUUCACUCGCGAAAUGA